UACCUAUCAUUGGAGCCUAGGAUCUUCAUCUGCCAUAGGAAACCAUAUCCCUUAGACAUGAUGUCCUUGCUACAGAAACCAUUCUCAAUGUUUCUCCAAGUCCUUUUUUUUCUCCUUCUAAUUUGCAUUCCUUCUUUCUUUGCCUUUCCUCCUAAAUCCUCUGCAACUUCAUUUGGUGCUGCCAAAUAUGUUGCUGCUGAAGGUAAUAAAGAAGCGGAGGCUCUCCUAAAAUGGAAAGCAAGUCUUGACGACAAGCACAGCCAAUCUGUCCUGUCUUCUUGGGUUGGUAGCAGCCCUUGCAAGUGGCUUGGAAUCACUUGUGACAAUUCUGGAAGUGUCGCGGAUUUCAGCCUUCCAAAUUUCGGUCUGAGAGGUACACUUCAUGGUUUCAACUUCUCAUCCUUCCCCAAUCUUCUCACUCUCAAUCUCUGGAAAAAUUCACUCUAUGGAACUAUUCCAUCCCACAUUAGUAACCUGACCAAAAUCACCAAUUUAGACUUGAGUGAUAAUCAUUUCACAGGAAAUAUUCCACUUGAGAUAGGAUUGUUGACAAGUCUUAACUUUUUGUACCUUGAUAAAAAUAAUCUCACUGGUUUGAUCCCAGCUUCUAUUGGAACUUUGAAACGCCUAUCCAUUCUCUAUCUAUGGUGGAACAAACUCUCUGGUUCUAUUCCUUCUUCUAUUGGGAACAUGACUAUGCUCACUCGACUUGAUCUGAGCACAAAUAAUUUGUCUGCAUCUGUUCCUCGGGAAAUAGGACAACUCGAAUCCCUUGUUGGUUUGAGCUUGUCCUUUAAUAAUCUUAAUGGUUCUCUGCCCCCGGAGGUGAAUAAUCUCACACAUUUGACGGUUUUGCAAUUGUUUUCAAACAAUUUCACUGGCCAUUUACCACGAGACUUGUGCCUUGGUGGGUUACUAGUAAAUUUUUCAGCCGGCUACAAUCAUUUUUCUGGUCCAAUCCCUAGAAGCUUGCGAAAUUGUACAGGUCUUUUUAGAUUUAGGCUUGACUGGAACCAAUUGACAGGGAAUAUUUCUGAAGAUUUUGGCCUCUACCCAAACUUGAACUAUGUGGACCUCAGUCACAAUGAUUUGUAUGGUGAGCUUACGUGGAAAUGGGGAGGUUUUCACAACUUGGCGAGCCUAAAAUUGUCAAACAAUAAUAUCACCGGUGAGAUACCAUCAGAGCUUGGAAAGGGUACUGGGCUACAAAUGAUUGAUCUCUCGUCAAAUCUCCUAAAGGGGACAAUUCCAAAAGAAUUGGGGCAGUUGAAGGCGUUGUUCAACCUUGCUCUUCAUAACAACCAUCUUUUUGGUGUCCUUCCCGUUGAAAUCCAAAUGCUAUCUCAACUUCAAUCCCUUAAUUUAGCUUCUAAUAAUCUUGGUGGAUCAAUCCCAAAACAAGUGGGAGAGUGCUCAAAUUUAUUGCAAUUGAACUUGAGUCAUAAUAAGUUCAUAGGGAGCAUCCCAUCUGAGAUAGGCUUCCUGCAUUUUCUUGGAAAUCUAGAUCUCAGUGGGAAUCUUCUGGCAGGAGAGAUACCAUCACAAAUUGGGCAAUUGAAACAGUUAGAAACGAUGAACCUGUCUCACAACAAACUUUCAGGUUUGAUUCCAAAUGAUUUUGUAGAUUUGGUGAGCUUGACAGCUGUAGACAUUUCCUACAAUGAACUAGAGGGCCCUAUCCCCAAAAUCAAAGGCUUCAUUGAAGCUCCAUUUGAAGCUUUUAUGAAUAAUAGUGGUCUCUGUGGAAAUGCCAGUGGUCUAAAGCCUUGUACACUUCUUACAAGCAGGAGAAAGAGCAACAAAAUUGUCAUUUUGAUUCUUUUUCCUCUCCUGGGCAGUCUACUUCUACUACUUAUCAUGGUUGGGUGUUUAUACUUUCACCACCGAACAAGUAGAGAAAGAAUUUCCUGUUUAGGAGAGCGACAAAGUCCACACAGUUUUGUAGUAUGGGGCCAUGAGGAAGAGAUCCUACAUGAAACUAUCAUCCAGGCCACUAAUAAUUUCAACUUCAAUAACUGCAUUGGGAGAGGGGGAUAUGGAAUUGUUUAUCGAGCCAUGUUGCCAACUGGUCAGGUGGUUGCCGUGAAGAAACUUCACCCAUCAAGAGAGGGCGAGCUUAUGGAUUUGAAAACUUUUAGAAAUGAGAUUCGCAUGUUAAUAGAUAUUCGACAUCGGAAUAUUGUGAAGUUAUAUGGAUUUUGUUCAUUAGUAGAGCACUCUUUUUUAGUUUACGAGUUCAUAGAAAGGGGAAGUUUGAAGAUGAAUUUAUCUAGCGAAGAACAGGCGAUGGACUUGGAUUGGAAUAGAAGGCUUAAUGUUGUUAAAGGAGUGGCCAAUGCAUUAUCCUAUUUGCACCAUGAUUGCUCGCCUCCAAUCAUUCAUCGAGACAUUUCCAGCAGCAAUGUUCUUUUAGAUUUGGAAUACGAGGCUCAUGUUUCGGAUUUUGGGACAGCUCGGCUCUUGAUGCCUGACUCAACCAACUGGACUUCAUUUGCUGGCACCUUCGGAUACACAGCUCCAGAGCUAGCUUACACAAUGAGAGUGAACGAGAAGUGCGAUGUCUACAGCUUUGGAGUGGUCACAAUGGAAGUAAUAAUGGGAAUGCAUCCGGGUGAUCUCAUCUCAUCUCUUUCUGCAUCAGCAUUUUCGUCCUCGUCGUGCUCACAAAUCAACCAGCAUGCAUUGUUGAAGGAUGUGAUAGACCAGCGUAUCCCACUUCCUGAAAAUCGAGUUGCAGAAGGUGUGGUCUCCAUUAUCAAAAUAGCAUUUGCAUGCUUGCUUGCCAAUCCCCAAUCUAGGCCAACCAUGCGACAAGUAGCUUCGGAGCUCAUAUCUCGAUGGCCUCCGCUGUCAAAGUCAUUCUCCGCAAUAACAUUGGAAGAUCUGAUGCCUCAAACAACUGUGACAGGCUGAGAAUUUUCCAAAAGAUUUUCUAUAAUUAGUAUGUGAUUGUUUCUACUUAUGUUCCUUUCAAUUUUCGUAGCUUUGUUUGUAAUAAAUUAUUUCUCUGCUUUGUAUUUUGUUUCUUCAACGAUUAAUAUAUUUUUGUACAGUAUUAUUUCUC